UAAAUAGUAAGCACGAAAACCGCAUGUCUCAGUUCGCGUUCAGUCAUUUGCGCGCGAAUAAUACACUAUACUAUACCUACAACAUUUUAUUAUUUAUACUACUGAGUGUGCUGUGUAUUGUACAUUCACUAUUCCUACGAAAUUGGGGAUUUACACUAAUUUAGGUAAUUACUACUAAAAGACAAAAGCAAAAUGCCAGCCAGAAUUACUGAAACGCAAAACGGACACAUGAACGAAGUCACAGACGAUAUCGUUAUCACAGGCAUUUCUGGUCGUCUGCCGGAGAGCAACAACAUUGAAGAGUUCAAGCAACAGCUCUUCGAUGGGGUUGAUUUGGUCACCGACGACGAGAGGAGAUGGCCGUCAGGAUUAUAUGGACUUCCCACACGCACCGGAAAAUUGAAAGACAUCGCGCAUUUCGAUGCCACGUUCUUCGGAGUCCAUGCAAAACAAGCUCACGUUAUGGAUCCACAAUUAAGAUUAUUACUAGAACUGACACACGAAGCCAUGGUUGAUGCUGGCGUUAACCCAACAGAGUUCAGAGGAUCAAGGACCGGUGUCUUUAUUGGAGUUUCCGACAGUGAAUCUUCAGAGUUCUGGACAGCGGAUCCAGAACCGAUCAAUGGAUAUGGCCUCACUGGAUGCUGCAGGGCUAUGUUUUCAAACAGAAUUUCUUAUACUUUUGACCUGAAGGGUCCCAGUUACGCAAUUGACACAGCCUGCUCUAGCAGUUUGAUAGCUAUGCAACAGGCCAUAGCCAAUAUUAAAUCAGGACAAUGCGACUCCGCCAUCGUAGGUGGUGUUAAUUUACUCUUGAAACCUACAUCGUCUCUUCAAUUCCAUCGUCUUGGCAUGUUGAAUCCUCAUGGCAUGUGUAAAGCUUUUGACGUCGAUGGUAAUGGAUACGUCAGAUCUGAAGCCGCCGUCGUAGUUUUCCUCCAAAAGGCAAACAAGGCUAGCCGUGUUUACGCCACCGUCUUGGGAGCCAAAACAAACACCGAUGGAACCAAAGAACAAGGCAUUACCUUCCCAUCAGGACAAAUGCAAAAUCAACUGAUGAGAGAAGUCUAUGCGGAAUCUGGUAUCAAUCCAGAUGAUGUUGCUUACAUAGAAGCUCACGGCACAGGAACCAAAGUUGGAGAUCCACAAGAAGUGAACUCAAUCGCAGACAUGUUCUGUAAGAACCGUAAAACACCUCUUCUCAUUGGAUCAGUCAAAAGUAACAUGGGUCACUCAGAACCAGCGUCUGGUCUUUGCUCUCUCGCAAAAAUUGUCAUCGCUAUGGAAUCCGGCGUUAUUCCAGCGAAUCUCCAUUUUAAAACACCAAAUAAAGAUAUUCCAGCGCUUUGCGAUGGUAGAUUAAAGGUGGUCGAUAAGAACGAAAAGUGGAACGGCGGAAUUAUUGCUAUAAACUCUUUCGGUUUCGGAGGUGCCAACGCCCAUAUUGUUCUUCGAUCGAAUCCUAAACCGAAAGUGACCUGGCCAGCAGAACCAAUCCCAAGAUUGGUUUCUGUCUCUGGACGUACAGAAGAUGCUGUAAAUAAUUUCUUAAACAAAAUCAGAAGUGAAAAGCAUGACGAAGAAUUAUAUGCACUUAUUAACAAAGUUCACAAAAAUAAUAUCGCUGGACAUGGUUACCGCGGUUUUACCGUAUUGGGAGAUAAUAAUAUUAGCGAAGUUUCCGAAUACAGAGAAUCGAGACCAAUUUGGUUUAUAUUCACUGGAAUGGGAUCCCAAUGGCCUGGAAUGGGAAAAGAUUUAAUGAAAAUUGAAUCAUUCAAGAACUCCAUCAAACGUUCUGCCGAAACGCUUAGACCGUACGGAAUUGACUUGGAAGAUAUUCUCAUCAAUAGUGAUGACAAGACUCUAGAAAACAUUCGCAACUGCUCUGUAUCUAUUGCCGCAUGUCAAAUUGCUUUAGUUGAUACUUUGAAAGUUAUGGGUAUCCAACCCGAUGGUAUUAUAGGACAUUCCGUUGGAGAAGUCGGCUGUGCUUAUGCUGACAAUACUUUGACCGCUGAACAAACUGUAUUAGUAGCUUAUGCUAGAGGAACAGCAAUACUGGAAAGCAAUAUUGCCUAUGGUGAGAUGGCAGCCGUCGGUCUUACUUGGGAAGAGUGUAAGAAAAAAUGUCCCGCUGACAUUUUCCCUGCCUGUCACAACGGCGAAGACAGUGUUACAGUUUCCGGUCCACCAGAAUCUAUUAAGAAGUUUGUCGCAGAGUUGACUGCUCAAGACAUUUUCGCUAAGAAGGUGAAUAGUUCUGGAUUUGCUUUCCACAGCAAAUAUAUCGCCGACGCCGGACCAAAACUCAAGAAAGCUUUGGAAGCUAUCAUUACAACUCCAAAAACUAGGUCCUCGAAAUGGAUUUCUUCGUCUAUCCCAGAAUCUGCAUGGAAUACAGCAAUUGCCCAGCAAAAUUCUGCAGCUUAUCAUGUUAACAAUUUAUUGUCGCCAGUCUACUUCUAUGAAGCCUGCAAACACAUUCCAGAAAAUGCAAUUGUUGUUGAAAUUGCACCACAUUGCUUAUUGCAAGCUGUUUUGAAACGUUCUUUGCCAAAAACCGUUACCAAUGUUGGGCUCGUUAAGAGAGGACACGCUGAUAACGUAUCUUUCAUGUUAACCAAUAUUGGAAAAAUUUACAACGCUGGUGCUCAACCUGAUAUUGCCAACCUUUACCAUCCAGUUUCAUUCCCAGUUGGACGUGGAACUCCAAUGUUAAAUUCAAUGAUCGAGUGGGACCAUUCAAUCGAAUGGGAUGUAGCUAAUUUUGCCAACAAAGGUUCAAGGUCUGGAGAAUUAGUUAUUGAUAUUGACUUGAGUAAAGACGAAUUCAAAUAUUUGUCUGGACACGCUAUUGACGGAAGAGUCUUGUUCCCAGCAACUGGAUAUUUGACACUGGCAUGGAAAACUUUCGCGAAAUUGCGCAACCAAGAUUACGAGCAACUUCCAGUCAUAAUGGAAGAUGUUAAAUUCAUGAGGGCUACAAUUAUGCCAAAGGAGGGUUCUGUAAAAUUCUUGAUCAACAUAUUUGAAGGUUCAGGAGAAUUCGAAAUCUGCGAGAGCGGUUCCGUCGUUGUCUCAGGAAAAAUCUUUGUCGCUGAGGAAAUUGACAAAGAAUUUUUGGCUUUGCCCGAAAAGAAACCACUGCCUUCCGAAACCGACGUCUUAACUUUGAACAAAUCUGACAUUUACAAAGAGUUACGUCUGAGAGGAUAUGAUUAUACCGAUAUUUUCCGCGGAAUUGAAGAAUCCGACAACUACGGCCACAUCGGCAAAUUGAACUGGGAUAAGAAUUGGAUCAGCUUUAUCGACACCAUGCUCCAAUUUUCUAUUUUGGGUCAAAGCAUCAGACAAUUAUAUUUACCAACAAGACUACAAAGGGCCAUCAUUAAUCCUAAAUUACAUAUGGAGCAAUCAAAGGAACAUGUUCCAGUUUACAUGUACCGAGAGAUUGGUGUCGUUAAAGCCGGAGGCAUUGAAUUAAGAGGAAUGAAGGCCAGUUUGGCUCCACGUCGUCAACAAACACAGGCAGCUCCUAAAUUAGAGAAAUACCAAUUCGUUCCAUUGAACAACGGAGUUAUUCAACAUGAAAAUGAAGACAAAUUUAAAAUUAAUGUUUUGACCGUCGCUUCCCAUCUGGUGUUGGAGAACAGCGCAGGUGCUUUGAAAAUGAAAAUAGUUGAAGUUAAUAUGGGAAGAAAUGCCGAGAAUUUACUUGUCUCUCAAUUGCAAGACAUUCUUGAACGCGAACCCAUGCUUGCUGUCGAUUGUACAGUUGUCAGCCCAACCUCGAUGGAAUCUGCUGCAUUCGAAGAGAAAAAUAUUAAAAUCGUACAAAAAGAUGUAACUUCUGGAGCUUUUGAACAAAACGCUCACUUAGUUGUAUUGAGCGAUAUUUUGACCUACAAGAAAACUGACGUUUUUAAUAAUGCAGUUGCAUCGUUGAAGACAGGAGGUUUUAUCUUAUUUGAAGAACCAAAGGAUAAAAUUUGCACUGAAAUGAUCACACAAGCUAACUUUGAAGUUAUUUUCCAACAAACAACUAACACCAAAGUAUACAUGUUGGCACGUUUAACCAAUGAAAUUCCGACCAACGCUAUUGUGAUGAAUAUUACAGAGACAAACUUUGACUGGGUCGAACCACUGAAAGAUGUUUUAACAAAGAGCGAAAAUGAUGGAACGCGCAUUUACUUGGUUUGCGAAGGUGAAGAAUUCACCGGCCUUGUAGGAAUGAUGAACUGCAUUAAACAAGAACCAGGCGGCACCAACGUUCGUGCAGUUUUUAUCCAAGAUAAAACGAAUAAAUUUUCAUUGAAUUCCAAUUACUAUGUUAGUCAACUAAAGAGAGAUUUAAUUCAAAACGUAUUAAAGGAUGGUGUAUGGGGAACAUACAGACAUAUUCUUUUGGACCAAGCUGUUGAAAACAGUAAAUUGCAAGUUGAACAUGCUUACAUUAAUGCUUUGACCAGGGGAGAUUUAGCUAGCCUGAAAUGGAUCGAAGGACCAUUGAGAUUUUACAAAGACGAGAAACCAAACACUGAAAUGUGUACCGUUUACUAUGCCCCACUCAACUUCAGGGACAUUAUGUUGGCUUCCGGAAAAUUACCCCCAGAUGCACUCCCAGGUGAUCUUGCUGGACAAGAUUGUAUUCUUGGUUUAGAAUUCUCUGGUCGUGACUCCAAAGGACGAAGGGUAAUGGGUAUGGUAUCUGCCAAAAGUAUGGCAACUACUGUCCUUGCUGAUCCAGGCUUCUUGUGGGAAGUCCCAGAAAAGUGGAGUUUGGAAGAAGCUGCUACCAUUCCAGUCGUUUACGGAACUAGUUACUAUGCCCUCUGCGUAAGAGGUCAAUUGCGUCCAGGUGAAACCGUUCUCAUUCAUGCUGGUACCGGUGGUGUGGGUCAAGCCUCUAUUACUAUCGCUCUUCACAUGGGCUGCAAAGUAUUCACCACUGUGAGUAGUCAAGCUAAGAGGGACUUCUUGAAGAAAACAUUCCCUCAACUCACCGAUAAUUGCAUUGGAAAUUCCCGUGAUACCACCUUCGAACAAUUGGUGUUGACUGAAACUAAUGGACGUGGUGUUGAUUUAGUCCUGAACUCUUUGGCUGCAUCGCAAUUGCAAGCGUCUGUCAGAUGUUUGGCUAUUGGCGGAAGAUUCUGUGAAAUUGGAAAGGUUGAUUUGUCUAACAAUUCGCCACUGGGAAUGGGAGUUUUCUUGAAAAAUACCACUUUCCAUGGAAUCUUAUUAGACGCCCAGUUCGAUGGAAAGAUUGAUUCACCCGACAAGUUGGCAAUUGUUCGCCUUGUUAACGAAGGUAUUGCUAACGGAACUGUACGACCAUUACCAAACACCGUUUAUGCAGACAGCCAAGCCGAACAAGCUUUCCGAUACAUGGCUUCCGGAAAGCAUAUUGGUAAAGUAUUACUGAAGAUCCGCGAUGAGGAAGCUCGCAAAACCAUGUUGCCAAAACCAAUGACAGUAAGCGCUAUUCCAAAAUCAUACAUGGACCCAGAAAAGGUUUACGUUUUGGUUGGUGGUCUGGGUGGUUUUGGUUUAGAAUUGGCCGACUGGUUGAUCACUCGUGGCGCUAAAAAAAUUGUUCUUACAUCGAGAAGCGGCAUCAAGACGGGUUAUCAAUCCCUCUGCAUUAGAAGAUGGAGAAAGAACCAAGGAAUUUCUGUUAAAAUCUCAACUGCCGAUGCCACAUGCGUUGAAGGAGCCAAGAAAUUAUUGCAUGAAUCUGCUCUACUUGGUCCAAUCGGUGGUAUCUUCAACUUGGCUGCUGUUUUAAGAGACGCUAUGAUGGAGAAUCAAUCUGCAGCCGAUUUCAAAACCGUUUGCAGACCGAAAAUUGAUGGCACCAAAUACCUGGAUGCAGUUUCCAGAGAUUUAGCCCCACAUUUAGAUUACUUCGUAAUUUUCUCCUCUGUUUCUUGUGGUCGUGGUAAUGCUGGUCAGGCUAAUUACGGUUUGGCAAAUUCUGCUAUGGAACGUAUGUGCGAAGCGCGUCAAGCUGCCGGUUUACCAGCAACUGCUAUUCAAUGGGGUGCCAUUGGUGAUGUCGGUUUGAUCUUGGAAACCAUGGGUGGAAAUGAUACUGAAGUUGGUGGAACCAUGCCACAACGAAUUUCAUCUUGCUUGAACACUAUGGAUAUCUUCUUGCAACAACCGAAUCCAGUGGUAGCUAGUAUGGUGUUGGCCGAAAAGAGGAAGGGCAAUCGUGACGCUAAUCAAGUUAAAUUAACUGACGCAGUCGCCAAUAUUUUGGGAUUGAAGGACACAAAAUCAAUCACAGCUUCCUGCACUCUUGCGGAUUUAGGAAUGGAUUCUCUCAUGGGUGCUGAAAUCAAACAAACUCUUGAACGUAAUUACGAUUUGGUGCUCAGCGCACAAGAAAUCAGGGCAUUAACGUUCACUCGUUUAUUUGAAUUGGAAUCGGGAUCUGGAGCAGCUGACAUUAUCGAUGACAAGAAGAAGUCCGUCGACGAUAAUCAAGUUCAAUUUGAUGAUCAAUUGAUGCCGUCAGCGACAUUGGUCAAAAUGCCAAGCAAAGACAGCACCAAUAAAACUCCAAUAUUCAUUAUUUCCCCAAUCGAAGGCGUCAUAACAGCACUGAAGGGAUUCUCUAAGGACAUCCAAGCUCCAGUGUAUGGUUUGCAAUGCACAUCGGCUGCUCCCCUUUCGUCAAUCGGCGAUUUGGCUAAAUUUUACAUUGCACAAAUAAAAACCAUCCAAGAGAAAGGACCGUACACAUUGAUUGGAUACUCUUUCGGUGCUUGCGUCGCUUUCGAAAUCGGGGUACAAUUGGAAGCCCAAAACGAAACUGUUAAAAUAUUCUUCAUUGAUGGAUCUCCAUCUUACGUUGCAACCCAUACCGGCAAAGCGAAGACAACUAAAAUUAAGACUGGCAACGAAGCUGCUGAGCAAAGCGAAGCACUCUUAUUCUUUAUCCAUCAAUUCAAGGAAAUCGACCAACCUAAAGUAUUGCACGAGUUGAUGAAUUUGAAUACAUUUGAAGAGAGAGUGAAGAAGACUACUGAAAUCGUGACAUCAUCUACUAACUUCUCCGCUGAACAAGUGUCCGCUGCUGCCGCCAGCUUCUAUUACAAAUUGGUUGCAGCCGAUAAAUAUAAGCCUACCGGUCAGUUCAAAGGAAAGGCUGUUCUCGUCAGGGCCAUAGACAAUUACGUACAAAUGGGUGAUGACUAUGGACUAACUGAUGUAUGUAAACAGCAAAUCAACAUCCAAGCAUUGGAAGGUAACCACAGAUCUAUCUUGAAUAACUCGACUUUGGUCAACAUCGCAAAUACCUUGUAUUUGGAGGAGUAGAUUUUUAAAACAAAAACUAAUUCCAAUUUUUUAAAGAUAAAACUAAACAAAACGUAAACCUAUGAAAGAAAAAACU